AUAUUUGAACUCCUCUCUGUGUCUCGAUCUCGAGCUAAAUUUGGGAUCUCUCAUCAUCGGAGGAGCCCGGGAAUCUCCAGCAAAAUGGUGUUGAUUGGUGGAUAUAAAAGAGGGCUGGUCUGGUGGAUCGGAGAUCACAUUCCAUUUCAACUUUUUCUCACUGAUGAUUCCAGCUGCUUGCUUGGGCUUCACCGAAGAUUUUCAAAUUGAACUGAAAACGGAACAGAUUUUCAUCGUUAUAUUUCGUACCUGUAAGACCAUCGGGCGUCACCAAGUGCCACCGAGAUGGCUUCUCCAGUUGUGCUCUCAUUCUGCUGGAGGAAUAUCAAUAAUGACACCCAAUGGCAUGAGGAAGAGAACCUUGGAUACUGUUCGUACAACAGCAUCAAGAGCGAGUGGAUGUUCCACCUUGGCAGUCAUGUCCUAUUGGCACUUGUCAGUGCGCUGUACGUCUGUCUUGACCACACUGACCAAAAUUCAACAAGCUCUACUCUUAAGAAGUCAUCCAUUCCGGAAGUUCGCCUUGUCAUUGCGGUCUCGUCUGCACUGGUGCAUACCCUGGGUUUCCUGCGGAUCAGCCCAAUCGCAAGGUCAGGUCCAGAUGACAUGCUACUGGAUGGAACAUCGGCUUUUGCGUGGCUUCAGUUGUCAAUCUACACGUGGAAGCUAAGACAGCAGAGUGUUCGGCUGGCCCGGACACACAAACCGUUGGUAUUGGCGUGGUCGUUGACGUUUGUAUCCCAGUGUAUGCGUCUUAGUAUGGUGACCAAACAGCUUCUGAACAACACCUCAACUACCUUUGAGCAGGAAGGCGUAAUUGUAGCAUCGGGUAUGCUUCAAGUUCUGUAUCUCCUGACCCUCCUGCCAUCACCAAGGCACACUGUUUUAUCUCAAGUCAAAGUUGGACGUUCUGCAGGUCAAAGCGUCGACGAUGGCACUCAUGAAGAUACCAAUUCUUUGGAGAAGCCUUCGGCUGGUGCCGAACACCUUGGUAUUGCUGCGGAGCAUGCUGGUUUAUUAUCUAGGCUUACAUUCAGCUGGGCCCAGGAUAUAAUGCGUAAAGGUGCUGCAGGUCAGCUCAAGAAAGCCAGCGAUGUUUACAAGUUUCCAGAGGAUCAAAGAGCUAGUCGAGUAGAAGAUUAUUUUUCUCGUUUCUACCCACAGGGUUCAACAUCAUUCGCUGAAGACGUUUUCAAUUCUGAGGACUCGGUCAGUAUCAAGGAUCUCACAACGACCAAGAAUGAUUCGAUCAGAAGUAGACGAAGUAAUACACAAGCCCGUUCUGUGUUUCAGGAGAAAGCCGAAGAUCACAAAAUGCCACGUUUCGACAAUGCAAAGAGAAUAUCUCUUUGCCGGGCCAUCCUGCGAGCUUUUGGGUUCCAGAUUUUCAUCCUUGGUAUUUUUAAACUCGUGUCCAACACGUGCAAGUUUGCCAGUCCUUUGCUGUUACACGCUCUUUUGUCCUUCCUUGAGAACUCGGAUGAACCCGUCAAGAAUGGAUACUUGUAUGCAUUUGGCCUGUGCGUCGCCACUGCACUUCAAACGAUCGUUAAUAGCCAAUUUCACUACCGAAUUGUAGAACUUAUGAUGAAGCUGCGGGUAGCUGUGAAGACUUCGUUGUAUCGGAAGACUCUUGCAGUUGGGGCCAGAUCUUUGUCGACUUUUACCACGGGUCAGAUCAACAACUUGAUGAACGUGGAUGCAAAUAGGAUCUCCCGGAUCUCCCACUCCAUUAAUGAUGCAUGGAGCGUGCUCUUGGAAACAGUCGUGACCUUGUUCUUGCUCUACCAACAGGUGGGCGUAUCCUUCCUCAUUGGAGUGGGGUGUUCCUUCUUAAUCUUGCCUUUAUCCAAGUUCCUCUUGGCAAAGAUCGUUCGGUACCACCGGAAACUGAUGAAACAGAAGGAUAGCAGAGUAAAGAUGAUGCACGAGAUAUUAAAUGGAAUGCGUGUCAUCAAGUUCUUUGCCUGGGAAGGCCAGUUCAAGAAAGAGAUCAAUGGUCUUCGUUCUGAAGAGCUUCGUAGUUUGAAGGGCAUCAGGUACUUCUGUGCCUUGAAUCACUAUGUCUGCUCCACCUCACCGAUCCUCAUCGCUUUGCUGACUUUCACUUCCUACACGCUGCUCGGCAAUGAACUUACCGCUGCGAAGGUUUUCACAAGUCUUGCCCUCUUCUCAAUGCUCCAAGGACCAGUCAAUGGAAUCCCAUGGGUUUUGAAUUGUCUUCUCGAAGCCUGGGUUUCCUUUAAACGAAUCCAGAAGUACAUGGACAUAGAAGAGACAGAUCUCACUUCUUAUUACUUAUCAGGAAACAAACAUUCAGCAGAAAAGGACAAAGCAUCAGCUCUGAAAAUCAAGGAUGGAUGUUUUUACUGGGAACAUCCGUUGAAGAAAGAUGACGAGAAGAAAUAUGGAGAGAAGGGGAAGGAUGAGAAAAGGGACAAUAAAGAAAAUGAGACCAAAGAUAGUGAAGGAAACGAAGGACAUGAAGCGGAAGAGCAUCCAAACCCUGUCAAGCUUCAGGAAAUUGAUUUAAAUAUCUCAAAGGGUCAGUUAGUCGGUGUCAUCGGUAAAGUUGGGACAGGGAAGACCUCUCUGCUGUCCUCCAUCCUUGCUGAUAUGGUGAAGGAAGGGGGCGACAUCAGGGUUGCCGGGCUUCGGCAAGGGUUCGGAGUGGCAACCCAGGAACCAUGGCUACAACACGCCACUGUGAAGGAGAACAUUCUCUUUGGUCGAGAGUACAACCCUGAAAGAUAUCGCCAAGUGGUGGAGGCUUGUGCUCUCCUGGAAGAUAUCAAGAUACUGCCCGCUGGAGAUGAGACCGAGAUUGGUGAGAAAGGCAUCACUCUCAGUGGAGGACAGAAAGCAAGGGUCGCUCUGGCCAGGGCAGUCUAUCAGGACAGUGAGAUUUAUCUCCUCGACGAUCCGUUAGCUGCUGUGGAUGCCCAAGUAGGACAACAUAUAUUUUCCAAGUGCAUCAUGGGACUGUUACGUCACAAGACAAGGAUCCUAUGUACCCAUCACACUCGUUUUCUCGUUGACGCCGACGUCGUCGUAGUCAUGGAAGAUUUCAAGAUCCUAAAAAAGGGACCUCCAAGUGAGGUGUUUGACGACCCAAAAUAUUCCGGUCACUUGAAAAGCUGCAAACUGGAAACGGAAGGAGAGGAACAGGUAUCUGAGUCUGAGGUGAAAGGUUGCAAUGGUGACGGCAAAAAAGUGGUAGAUGAGGAGGAGAAAGAGGAAGGCGUGGUCAAGUCAGAGGUUUACCAAUGGUACUGGAAUGCCAUGGGGAAUACUCUAGCUUCUAUCAUCCUCCUGACACUUUUCCUUAUGCAAGUGACUGGCAAUAUGAGUGAUUGGUGGCUAUCUCACUGGGUGACCCAGACCAAGAGUAUCGAGGAUACCGUAUCAUCCGCGCAUGCGCAUCAGCCAUCUACUACUCAAUACAUCAAUAUGUCUAUGGAAAUUGGAUCGGAAGACCAAUGGUUUCCGGAUGCGAUCAAGGAGCAGAACGCUGUCACAGCAGCCUCAUUAUUCUAUCUCAAAGUAUAUGCUGGAGUAAUCGGGACCACUUCUCUCUUCACUCUGCUGAGUACAUUUCUCUUCGUUUAUGGAGCUAUUCGUGCUGCUACGACGAUCCAUGAUGGACUUCUCAACAGCAUCCUUAGUGCUCCCAUAUCGUUCUUCAACGCUACCCCAGUAGGUCGCAUCAUCCAUCGUUUCACAGAUGAUGUCUUCACGAUUGACUUUCACAUGACCUUCGCCUUGCAUCACCUCCUGACUGAGUUUCUGUCCUUUGUCGGAGCUGUGAUCCUCACCGCGUACAGUCUACCCUGGUUUAUAAUCUGUCUUAUUCCACUCGCAGUUAUAUGCUACUACAUGCAGGACUAUUAUCGGAAGACUUCAAGGGAGUUACGUCGCUUUUGCAGCAUUUCCAACUCCGCCAUUUGCAGUCAUUUCUCCGAGACGUUAUCCGGUCUUACAGUCAUCAAAGGCAUGAGAGCAACAGAAAGAUUUCGUAAGGAGAACCGCUCUAGGCUAGAGCUUCACCAACGAGCCUGGUUCUGUUCUGAUGCCGUAUCUCACUGGCUGUUCUUUAGGCUGAACAUGCUUGGUGUUGCUAUGGUAACAGUAGUUUCCGUCACGGCAGUCCUACAGCAUCAGUUUCAGACUUCCGAUCCAGGUUUGGUCGGACUGGCUGUAACGUAUGCAUUGGCCAACACACACCGAAUGAUAGCUGUAAUUAAUACACUGACAGAGAUUGAGAAACAGAUGAUCAGCACAGAGCGAGUACAUAAUUACACCACAGCUAUCCCAAACGAACCACAGGGUGGAAUGAUUAAGGCACCUCCUCUUUGGCCAAAGCGAGGUGUGGUCAAGUUCAGCAAUGUCCAGUUCUCUUACCGUGAGGAUCACCCCAAAGCCCUGAGUGGGGUUGACUUUGAGACCCGUCCAGGAGAGAAGAUUGGCAUCGUGGGGAGGACUGGUUCAGGGAAGUCCACUCUGUUCCUGGUCCUCUUUAGAAUGGUCAAGAUUCAGGAGGGUUCCGUGACCAUUGAUGGUGUUGACCUGUCUCAGUUGUCUCUAGAAGACGUCAGGUCCAAACUGGCCAUCAUACCCCAGGAUCCGUUCCUCUUUAGUGCUUCCGUCCGAAAGAACCUCGACCCUGUUGGACAGUUUAGUGACUCAGAGCUUUGGAGUGUCCUCAAGAAGUGCCACCUAGAGGAUGUAGUCUCCCGCAUGGGAGGACUGGAUGCGCAAGCGGGUGAAGGAGGGAAACAGUUCUCCACUGGUCAGAAGCAGCUGGUCUGUCUGGCUAGAGCCAUGCUCACAAGGGCACAGGUUCUUUGCAUCGAUGAAGCCACGGCAAGCGUCGACAUGGCAACGGAUGAUCUACUCCAGCAAGCCAUUAAGGAGGAAUUUAAGGAUAACACCAUCCUGACCAUUGCCCAUCGUCUGAACACUCUGAAAGACAGCGAUCGUAUCCUAGUGAUGGAUGGUGGCAAGGUGGCCAAGUUUGAAAAGACCACCGUGACGACAGUAGAAAUGUAGUCAAGUUAUGAUAACUGGCGUACAGACUAGGGGGAGGGGAACUUAGGACACCCCAAAAUAUGGGGUCCACUAUGAUUUCCAUUUAUGCUCAAGUUUAUACUGUUUUAUUUGAUUUACGAGGUAAGAGUGUUCAGCUGUAGAAUUGUACCCGAUUUAUAUUACUUUGUAUUAGGUUUGAAUGGAAAUGAAAUAAAGAGUUGAAAAAAUCCAUGAAAAGCAAGGCCGUGAGAGGAAAACUGAUGCAACAUGACACUACUUUUUCAUAUGUAAUCUAAGAUCUGUCACAACAUUAGAUUUUUACUUUA